CACGAGACUGGCAUUCGAGCAGGAGUCCAGGCAAAGGAGAGAGCUUGUCAGCCCGGAGCAGGAUGCUGAAGCGCAUGCUGUACCAGCCCCGCCAGAGACGCCAUCACCGGAGACCAGAUCGCCCGUACAGCUGGCUGCUCCGCUGGAGCUAGAUGACGGUGGCGAUGCAGAUGGCGACGCCGACAUCCGAGACUUUGAUUUCGUCAUGUACGCAAGACCGCGUGCGGGAAUCCAGACGGUGAUCAAACCGAGAGCUCAACUGGGACGAAGAAUAUGUCACAAGUGUGAGCAUGACAUACAACCAGCGACGCGGAAUGAAUGUCAGAGUUGCGGUCAUCUGAAGUGCAGUCAAUGCCCGCGCCUGCCCCAGAAAUCGCGGAGGCACGGCAAGAGCGCUCAGCAUGGGGAGGAGCAAUGUGUGGACGAAGAAGUACCCAUGGUCAAAGCUGUGCAGCGAGUACAUCGGAAGCCUCGACAACGAGUACGCUAUACCUGCGAGCACUGCGAUUCAUUGUUCGUUGAAAGAAGUCGGUGUCUGGGCUGUGGGCAUGAGCGCUGCACCAAUUGCCACCGAGAACCUCCCAAGCGCGCUCCAAUACGACACGACCCCGAAAUUCUACGAGCUGUGGCAGACAGGCUGGCUGCUUAUGGGGCCACCCUCCAACACUCUCCUGGAGUCACCGUUGGCGGAGCCUGAACACACCUGACGAUCCAGAUUUCAGUCCCAUCGCGACAUUUCUGACGACACUUAUGUUUUCACUCUUGAUGAUGCCAUUUCGAGCUUCUUGUUCAACAUUAGAACAUUAAUGUACGCUAGACGGGAGGCCGCACUGGCAGCAGUCUGAAUAUCUGCACGUGGCGCUUACGAGAUCAAUCGACCUCAGUGUACGUCAAGUGCUGCCGUGGUGCAGGGUGACGGACGACAGAAGGGUGGCAAACUAUUCAUACCAGUGUGUAUGCACAUGAUCGAUACCAACGAACCGUAUUCUACCGCUUUCCUCGUGUUCGCCACAUUCCAGAACAUGGGGAAAACAUUCC